CUGGAGACGGGCCCCGCGUGCGUGCCUGGGCUCGGUGCAAGAAGCUGUGUGCGGGGAGCGGGCUGCGCCUGCCCUGCGAUGGCGCCUUAGGGGCUGCGGGCUCCGCGUGCAAUGGCCGAGUGUGCGGGGGAGAUCGUGUACCAGAAGGAGGGGCACCAGAAUGCCGACUGCACAGCGUCCGAUGACUGCGCUCUGAUCCGCUCCUACGACCGAGCCAUCCGCUCCUGUAAGGACACCCUGGGAACUGGCGACAAGGACCAGGCAUCCAAGAGCUCUGAGUCUUCAGCCUCCAGCGGGGCCGAGAGUGAAGGAGAUGUGGAGGAGGAGGAGGAAGAGGAGGAAGGCUCCCAGUGGAAGGUGGGUGACACGUGCUGCGCCGUCUGGUCCGGAGAUGGGCUUCUCUACCCGGCUCACGUCGUCUCCCUGAGCGAGGAGGGGGACGCCUGCGUGGUGGAGUACGAGCUCUACGGCAAUCGGGAGGAGCAGAGGCUGCGGGACCUCUUCCCCCCCGACGAGAGCCCAGACGACUCGCUGGAGCCCCGGAGAAUGUGGAAGGCGGGCGAUGCCUGCAGCGCCAUCUGGUCGGAGGACGGGCUGCUCUACCCGGCCACUGUGCGGUCGGUGGACGCCGCGGCGGGGACGUGCCUGGUGGAGUUUGUCGGCUACGGGAACAAGGAACAGCAAGUGCUGGAGGAGCUGCUGUCCCCGUGCGGGGCCGUGGAUGGGGACCUGGGCAGCUGGAGGGCUGAAGCGGACGCCCCUGGAGUGCCCAGGGGAUGCAGCCCCAGCUUCCCCCGCGAGCCGCCCCACAGCUGGAGGAGGCCGAGCACGAAAGGGGAGUGGGCGCAUUACUUCCCCCCGCCGCCCAAGAGCGGCUCCUGGUGGCCUGGUCCCUUGCUGCCCUUUGGCCCCCGGCCCCGCAGAUCCGCCUGCCCCCCGGUCAUCCCUCCCCCUCCACCGCUGCUUCUGGACCCGCUGUGCGCGGAGGACGAUGAGGGGGGCGCCCUGGCCUGCAUGCUCCUGGCCUGGUACAUGAGCGGGUACCACACUGGCUUCUACAUGGGACUCAGACGAGGCCGGGCGGAGGCGGCAGUCCCCCCUGCAAAGCAGGGACCACGGUGGAAGAAGUCGUCCCCGCGCAGUUAGGGGCAGGUUGGGUUUGCACUGUGUGGACACUGGGGGGGGAGCUGAGAUGCUGGGGGUGUUUACCGGGCACUGGCUCCUGGCUGUGGGGCAGGAAGUGAGCAGGUCCAUGUGGCACAGGGCUCUUCCUCGCCCCCAGAUCUGCCAGUGCCCCUCAGUCUUUAUCCCUCCCCCCCCAGCCGGCUAUUCCACCAGGUGCCUGCGGACGUGGCCAGUUGUGCCAAGCUGCGCCGUGAUGUGGAUAAACCUCCCCUGGAAGCGGAUGAGUCCUUGUGGCCCGCUCUGCCCCACGCACGGCAGCCCCUGCACCCCAGGGAUCUCUAGGGCAAUCCAUCCCUCUGCUGCCUUCACAGGCUCCUCCCGUCAGCGGGGAAGCUUUGGGGGAGCCCCCCCGCAGGAGGUAGGAGCGUCACCUCGUCUCCUCCCCCUCAUCCCUCCCCCGUUCCUCCUUGCAGCUGGGUCUGGCUUCUUGCUCCGCCCCGGCAGGCUGGAGACAGCGGCACCGUCGGCCAGAGGUUUCCAUGCUGGUGCCGGUGCUCAUGCUUAGAGGACUGGGACUCUGCAGUGCUGGGUACCAGCUCACCGUGCACCCCGGGGAGGGAGAGGACGGAGGCAGCCUUGGUCCCGCGCUGGCUCCGAGCCUGGCUGGCGUCCUGGGUGUGGAGGCAUCGCUCCCCAGCGGCAGGCGUGUGCAGACGGGAGGGCUGGUGCCCGUCGGUGGUUUCCAAUAAAAGGUGUUUGUCAGA